AUGGAUCUUAAUCAAGAUACAAUUACCUUGGAUAAUUAUACGAAGUUUGACCCGAUUACCUUCAAUUUGCAUACUGUACUAGGGAAUGAAGUCAUAUCCACAGUGUCAAGGUUACUUCUGUCUUGUCUGCCUGUCUGUUUACUGAUAUUAUACCAUUUCUUCUGUCACGUUCUUAACAAAUAUACCUUGGGCCGCGGAGGAUAUCUUCGUCGAUUAUUGAGAAAUGAUGUACCUACUCAAACAUUACGAACAUUAGUAAGAAAAGUUAAGAGAGUGAUAAUUGGUAAUGAUGGGGACCAUCUUUUUCAGGGGCUAUACUGUAUCUCUGACAAUACACCCGACUCUACCAAUGUUGACUCCAACUCGGUGAAUUUAUCUAUCGACACCCUAAGUAAUAAUGAAUGGACAAAAGAAGAGAAUAAGAAUAUACACGACCAUCCCUUUUUGACUCCUAAAUCAUCAUACCAAAUCGCUCCAGAAGAUCAAGAAGAAUUGAUGCACUUAUUCCACCAUACUUGGACACUAUUGGCAUAAUCAAACAAAAGCAAAAAGAAGUUCACGAGUACGAGGCCGAAACUCUGAUACCAAUUGUCUUACAAGACUUACACCACAAUUUUACUAAACCCUCUACUGAAUCCACGCGAAAAUUGUAUAUUGUGGCAAGAAAGGAAUUUUUGUAAAAGAAAGAAAAAAGAAAAUAAAU